AGUAACACACACUACCCUUCCUUCUCUCCCUACUAUAUACAACCAGACAGUGGCCCUUCUCAUGGAUUUCAAACCCGCUCUUUUAAAACGCUUCUCAGCUUCCUAAACGCUUAACUCCAUUUCAAUUCACACUAUUCGGUAGAUCCUCUUCUUUCCGGUUCGGAUCCUCCGAUUUCCGGACCCUCUCUCUGUUUCUGCUCUACUCUCGCCCUCUCAGAUCCUUUGCACGCAUCUACGAAUCUCCUCCUCUAUCUGCUCGAAUCUGUUUUCAUGGCGCUCUGAUUCUCGCAGUUAUGGAGGUAUAUUUUCGAAAAUGUUUGUUUUCUUUGCUUUGGUUGCUGAGAAAGUGAGGGGAAACUAAAUCUAUCCAAUGGAUUUCGAUAAUAUUGUUCCGAUAGAUGGGACUGAAACGGCCCAUCAAAAUGGUGUUCAUGAGCAAAUUCCUGCCCCUGCUGAUGGUGUUGGUACAAAUAAUAUAAAUGGGACUAAGUUAGAAGACUGUGCUACUGAUAAUUUAUCUGCUGGUGAGUUAAGGGAAGGUUCAAAUGUGCAUGUGGGAAGCAAUGGAUUCACUGAUUCUAAGGAAGGGGAAAUAAAAGAUGCUGAACAUUCAGAACAAGUCAAAUCAUUGAAGGGUUCUGGAAAGGGGAAGAAUGAAAAGCCAUCAAACCGGGAACAAGUUUCAGCCGCUCAGAUGAAGAAGGGCAAAGAUGGAAAAGUCGCUGGGGCACCUCCAACCGUUUCAAAUGGUGCACUUUCAUCAAAUUCACAGUCAAAGCAGCCCUUGACAAGCAAAUCAUUCAAUGAGAAGCAGCAUUCUGGGAAGUCUGAUGUGACAUCCUCUGAAGGCCUCAUGGAGAGGGCGAAAUUGAAGGCUUUGAAGAAAGGACAUAUUAAAGCUGAAGGGGAGCCACAAACUCCUUUAAGUCCCACUUCAGAAGAGGCCAAAAAUCGAAGGGUGGGUGCACUUCCAAAUUAUGGUUUUAGCUUUAAGUGUGAUGAACGAGCUGAGAAAAGGAAAGAGUUUUACUCUAAACUUGAGGAAAAGAUUCAUGCCAAGGAAGUAGAAAAGAGUACCUUACAAGCAAAAUCCAAGGAAACCCAAGAAGCUGAGAUCAAGUUGCUCAGAAAGAGUUUGAACUUUAAAGCAACACCAAUGCCUAGCUUCUACCAGGAGCCUCCACCACCUAAGGUGGAGCUAAAAAAGAUACCCCCAACAAGACCAAAAUCUCCUAAGUUAGGUCGAAGAAAGAGUUCUCCUGUAGAUUCUGAAGGAAACCAUAGCCAAAGUAGUCGACCUGGUCGAUUAAGUUUAGAUGAGGGAGUGUCUCGUAGCAACUCUGCCAAAGGACCUUCUCCUGUUCAUUCAAAGAAGCCACAGCGGAAGUCCCUCCCUAAACUGCCUUCUGAGAAGAGCAGUUUAUCAAAUGGAACAAAUGAUGAAAAAACCGCACCAUCUAAAGUAACAAAUGAGGAAAAUACUACCUCGUCCGAUCAAAUAAAUGAAGAUGAAUCUCUGACACACAAAGACGAGAAGCCAGUGGUUGGAGAGCAGCAAGCUCAGCCGACUUUAGUACGAGAACCUAUAGCAUCCUGAGUGUUGAUCAGAGCAGCACUAGAAUCAGAUGCUCUACAAAGGCCUUGAAUCCAUUUCCGUAAAUAAGAGGUUAUGACUUGAAUCAUCUCACGAUGAAGCAAUGAAGAAUGUAUUGCAGUAUGGAUAGUGAUGUCAUGUUUGUCAGUAGUCAGCAGCAUAGGUUGAUUUGUGUGACUGCCUGCAUGGUUGCUGAUCUUCUCAUUAGGAUUCUUCAUUCUGCUUGCAGCAUUGUAUGUUAACAUUUGCUUAAAAUUACCCUAAUUACGUCGUUAAGCAUCUUUUUGCCGUUUGCAUUGAAAAUAUUUUUGGAAAAAUGUCAAGAGAAGUCUGAUGCUAGAUAACUUGAGAUCGGAAAGUGCUGUCCGUUUGAACCCGUUCUAUUGAACAAUUGAAUGUUGAUGAUGAAGACUGGUUUGUUCUGUUGUAUUA